AUGAUAAGCCAUGAACUAGAUUAUCUUAAAUACAUAAUUUAUGAUACAUUUGGUCAGCGAUGUAGUGAAAUAAUUGAACUCAUUUUGCUUCAUGGAAAUAAAUUGAGCAUGAAUGAAAUAAUUAAUCUAUCUAAUUAUGAUUUUAGUAUUAUUAGGAAUAUAAUUUUAUGCUUGCUAAUUCAUAAUAUUUUAGAUUUUCGAAUUAUUUAUAACAAAACUAUUGAAUGUACUCACAAUACCACAACACCAGAUCAUGGAAAAAUCAAUUAUAUUAGUAUAGAGGAUGAAAAAAAAAAGGAAUAUAAUAAAAAUACAGAUAAUAUCUUAUUUAAAAAUGAUCAUGAAAUUGAAAGAGAGAAAAAGCUAACCACAAAUGUAGCAAUAGAUCCUGAAACUGAAAUACAUUUUUUAUCUGAUCUUGAAAAUUAUAAAUAUAUAAAAGGUUGUAAAUGCUCUUCAUGUAUAUGCAAAAUAAAAAGAGUAGAAUAUUAUGUAAUUAUUAGAAAUAUUUAUAUUUUAAUUAGAUAUUCUUCUAUCCUAUAUUAUAUUCAUCCAACAUGUAUAAAAAGUGUAGAUACUCAUGAAUCUGAACAUAUAAAUAAUAAAUCUUCACCAUCAAAUAUUGUAACUACAUCUACUGCUUCUAACAAUUCAAAUACUAUUAAAAAUAUAUCAACAUCUUAUAAUAUGACAAAAUGUGGAAAUUAUAAUUUUUUUACGACAAAUAUAAUUUCUGACACACAGUCCAUAUAUGAUAAUAAUGAUGUGAAAAAAGGUGGAUCAAAUUAUAAUAUUAAAUAUUUUCCUGAUAAAUAUAGAAACAAUAUUUAUAUAGAAGAUGAAGAAGCGCAAAAAAAUGAUUUAAUAAAUUUUAUUGAAAAAGUUAUACUUAUAAGGAUAAUAAAAAAUGGUAGAAUUACUUUAGAUGAUUGUUUGAAAAAUAUAAAUCUUGAUGAAUAUGUUGAAGUUUGUAAAAAGGAUAUAUCCAAUAUUAGCAAAAAUAAAUUACGAUUAAUUUUUAUACAAUUGUUAAAAAAAAAUAUAAUAAAAAAAUGCAAACAAUUUAAUGAGCAUAUAUGUGAUAAUAAAAAUAAUUCAGAUGAAAAUAAUAUUGCCUUUAAUGCAUCUCUUAAUUAUAUUGACACAUCUUUUGAAAACCCAGACAAACAAAUUGCUUAUACCUCUCAUAAGCAUAUAAACAAUAUGCACAAUAUAAACAAUAUGCACAAUAUGAACAAUAUGCACAAUGUAGAUACGCCCUUUAUAAGCCAACACAAUAGCAACUAUGAUCUCUCAAACAAAUCCAACGAGUAUAAUAACAAUUAUGAACAAAAUCAAAACAUAGAAAAAAAAAGAAAUCAUUAUACAGCAUCUCUUGGAAAAAUUCAAAAUGAUAUUCUAAAUUUAUCCGAUUUUCAUAAUAACAAUCUUAGCACGAUCGAAUCAAAUAAUGAAUAUAAAAAAACACAAAUACAAAAUUCUCCAAAAAAAAAAUCAAAAACAAGUCGUAAUCUCAAUAAUAACCAAACAAAUCGUAAUCUCAAUAAAACUGAAUGGGAAAAUAAUUUUUUUGAUCAAAAUUUAAAAAAUGCUGACCAAAAUUAUUAUCCAGCUAAUAAUAUGGCUGAAACAAAUGAAAUUACCAAUUUAAUCACAAAUAAUAAAACAUUAGAACAUUUAUAUGAACAACCAUAUACAAUGAAAAAAGAAAUGUCUCAAAAUAAUAUUAUAGAAUAUCUUGAUAAUUCAUAUACUUAUUUUCAAAUAAAUAGUGAAGUAUUGACAUAUCUAUAUUUGAAACAAGAAUGUUUUAAUUUCAUAUCAUAUUAUUAUAAUCUGAAUGAUAUAUCUAAAUGGAUUCUAUUUUUUUUAUUAAAUAAUGUUCAAAUACAUUAUUCAGAAGAUGAUAAUAAAUAUAAUGAUACUGUAUCUUAUUCUACUUAUGAAAAUAUCGAAAAAUAUGUAUAUUCAAAAUUAAAAACUAAAAAAAUAAAUAUUGAUAAAAAUAUCAUUUUACAAAAUUUAAAUAUAUUAAUAAAAUAUCCAGAUCAAUUAAUCAGUGUAAGAUAUAAUGAUAUAAUUACAUAUGCAGCUGAUUUUAAAAAUAUUAAAUUAAUUUAUCAAAAAAAAAUAACAACAAAUAUGAUAGAAAAUAUGAAUGGAUUAGAAGCUCUUAGAAUUUGGAAUUUUCUUACUUAUACACCUGAUCAAAAAUAUAAUGAUGAAAUUAUUAGUGAAAAUGUUUUAAUCCCUUUAAAUGAUAUAAGAAAAAAAUUAUAUAAUUUAUUAUAUACAGGAUAUAUUAAAUGUCAUGAAUGUAAUAAUAAUAAUAAUACUAAAACUUAUAUUAAACAUUCACUUUCCUUUUCUUCAAAUAUAUAUUAUACAAAUAAUCAAGUGAAUGAAAAUUUAUUUAUUGUGGCUAAAAAUAUAUUUGUUAGAAAAAAUUUUGAAAAUAACGAAAUCAAUACAUUACAUAAUAAAUCAAAUAUAUGUCUAUCUGGAUAUGAACAAAUAAUUGAUACUGAUUUUACUUUCAAUCAAAAUAAUAAUAUUCCUGAACAAACUGCAAAAUCAAAUUCGGAAAAUUCAAAUAACAUUAGCUCAAAUUUAUAUGAACCAUUUGCCACAUCCUCAAACCCCCCUGAUAAUCAUCCCAAUAAUAAUACCACUAAUCGAAAUGUUAAUAAAAAAAAAAAAAAAAUUAUAACAUUAACAGAUAGAGAAUAUGCUGUAGAUUAUUUGGAGAUAAGCCUAAUCAACAUUGACAAACUUAUUUUUAUAUUUAAUUCGUGA